AUGAUAGCUUAUAAUACGUGUUCGCCUCCCAAUUUUGUUUCGUAUUGUAACGAUCGUCUGAGGAGUUUUUUGCCCGUUUUCCUUGAUAUCGCUACCGCCGAAAUAAAAUCCUACGACAUAUCAGAUGAUGACCUUGCUUACUAUUCUAACGCAAUACAGUACAAUUUGCAGGGAGGAAAACUCAUACGAGGUACAUUGGUUGUAUUAACAACGCGUUCGUUAUUGGGAGAUGGGAUGACAGAGCAUUAUUGGCACGAAGCCCUUGUCUUGGGAUGGUGUGUAGAACUUCUACAAACAGCAUUCCUUGUGGCUGAUGACAUUAUGGACAAGAGUAUUAUGCGAAGAUCGAACGUUUGCUGGUACAUGGUCCCAACGGUUGGCAUUUCAAAUGCCGUGAACGACACCAUGUUUCUGAAUACCUUAGUUCAUCGCAUAAUCGCCAACCAAUUGAAAGACAGUAAACAUCUGGUGACCGUCAUGAAUCUAUUCACGGAGGUUUCGAUGAUUACCAUUCUUGGCCAACACAUGGACACAUACGACGCCAUGGAUGCCUCAGUAUUCGACACUCCUACAGGGGCUACAUCACUGUAUUAUCGCAUUUGCAAGAAUAAAACCGCGUAUUAUACUUUUUUUUUGCCAAUGAAGCUCGGGAUGAUUAUAUCAGGAAUCGAUCAAGGCAACAUAAACUACAGCAAGCUGGAAUCAGUUUCAUCACUGUUAGGACACUUGUUCCAGGCGCAAGACGACUAUCUGGAUUGUUACAGUGAUCCAGGUUGCAGUGGCAAGGAGGGUACCGACAUACAAACAAAGAAGUGUACGUGGCUCCUUGCGACAGCGAUACACGUGGGCGACAAAUCUCAUUUGCAAACCAUCAAAGAGAAUAUUGGUAAAGACAAUAAGGAUAAUGUGGAGGUCGUGAAAAAAAUAUACAACGAUCUAAAGCUGCCUCACUUGUUCAAAGUAUAUACACAAGAUCUCAAGUGCAACAUACAGAGCCAAAUCAAUGACAUAGGAAGCAAGGGUAGGCAAUUAGAAUGUGCUCCAUUAAAUGCGCAGAAUUAG